UCUCACCACCAGCGCCAAUUGAGCAAUCACAGACUCCUAUUAUUCCGGACUCAUAGCCCACGCCGGGUCGCCUGAUGCAUGUGCCGCUACUUGAAUGCCAUCAUCGCACCUGCUUCCUUCCUCGACUCUCCUUCCUUUGAUUCUCAACCUCACUUGCCCGACUCGACAACACAACGCACACGACUCAGGUCCCCCCCAGCCUCGCACCUUCGACACUGCGUGUGAGCCGCCCAGCUCACCUUCACCCCUGCCGCUAUGAACUACUCCAAUAUGAUCGAGGAGAAGAACCUCAAAAAAACCUUUAUAAUAGCCACGCUGUGCUCCACGCUCGUCGGAACCUUCACCUCGUCCAUGGGUCUCUGGGACCGCGUCAACGAGAAACGGCGGCAGAAAAAGAGGGAUAGCAAGCAGGACAGCGAGAUAAAGCUACUCCGCGAGGAGAUCGAGAAGAAAGAUAAGGAGAGCAAGGAGCGCGAGGACGACCGGAAGAAGCGCCCGGCGCAGGACGACGUGGGCGACUCGUUCGAGCGGUCUGGCGCUCUCAUACGCCGGCAGUAUGAUGAAGGAUACGAGCGGCUAGGUCGGAAGUUCGCCGUCGGAGAUCACGUCACGGAGAACCAGCUCCAGGCCCAGAUCAUCACGCUCCAGCAGACGGUCAUUCAGGUCCUCCAGGAUGCUCUUUACAACGAUCGACAGCUCUCACGCGCCGACAUAGCGAAGCUCGUCGCCGCCUCCAACGCCGCCAGGGACGGUUCGCUCGAUGCCCUCCGUGGACAACAGCAACGACUAGCUAUCGAAGCUCCUCCGCAGCGAGCCUUGCCACCCCCGAAGCGUGCCUCUACCGUCGUCGAGGCGGAUCCUCUCUUUUGCCGCUACAGCCUCGACCUCCAAUAUAUACCGAAGAAGCCUUUGGCCGCGUCUUUUGCCCCUGGGGGAGACUGUAGAUGCCCGGACUGUGGCGUACGGCUGCCCGUCGACUCGGAUGACUUCUGGCAGAUUGGCAAACGCACACCGAUACUCAUCUCAGAAGGCGGCUACGAGAAGGAAGUGAUGGAGACACGAGAAUUCCACCUUGGCCAACGAUUCAUCUUAAAAUGUCAUACGGUCGACGGCGAAUACGCAUGCGUGCUCUGCAACAAGCAUCGAGACGUAGAUGCGCUCUGCCGGACUCCAGAGGCACUGGUGAAUCACGUUGGCAGGUUCCACGACCUGAUAGAACUCGAGAAAGAGCGUGAUCUACGAGAGAGGCCAUUUCCAUUGGCUCUACCACCCCCUGUGCCUUCGCCUCCUUCAUCAGCGGCCAGACAGGUGAAGGAGGUCGAAGUGCUGCAGUAUCGGUGAGCUUGAUUUUAUGUGCACUUAGCGGGCGGCGGGCGGCGUUUGGCGUACAAAAGAUUGGGUAUUCCACGACUCUCUUAUGCUUACUAUCUGCUUUUUGAGAAAUAUAUGACUAUGG